AUGGACUCCUACUCCGGAGAACCAAGACUCCUGCCCUGUGAGACCUGUGACAUGGCUUUCCGCUCCUCGGCCCUGCUAGCCACCCACACUCAGCGCUUCUGCAUUGGCCGCGUGACCCAGGAGAUGACAUUUGGAGCACAGCCCUCAGUAGCGACUGAACCACAGGGUGCCGCGAUCCUCACGAUUCCUCAUCCUACGCCCUGUCCCCAGGUUGUGCCACAAGAACUCCAGGGCUUCCAAGAACAACAGGCCAGUAAAUCUGCGCUAAAGAGGUUAACAGAGGAGGUGCAGUGGCUGCGGCUGUCCUUACAGGAAAUGCGACCCCGGAAAACAGACGCCCCCAGGGGGUCCGCAGCGCUCUGGAGACGUUCAGAGGAGCCGCCUCAGGGCCCCACCUGCGAGGCUGCAGGGAGCCCGGGCGAGCGGCUGCGGGCGCUGCAGGCGACUCGCGCAAGGCGCGUAGCGGAGACGGAAGCACAGAGCCGGGCCCUGGAGCGACGCGGCGAGGAACUGAGCCGGUGCCUCCAAGGUGUAGUCCGGACGCGGGGCGGGAUAUCCCGCCUGUUCGGCUUGGAGCGGGAGCUUCGAGAACUCCGGGCAGAGGCAGGACGGACGCGGGGAGCUCUAGAGGUCUUAGGAGCGCGCGUUCAAGAGCUACAGCCAGAGCUAGGGACCCGACUGAACUCCCGGCAGGAGGCAGAACUCUGUUGUCCGGUGCUACAGGCCAAACCAGGGACUCUGGCUGCCGAAAUUGGGGCCCUGCGCGAGGCCUAUAUUCGAGGCGGGGGUCGGGACCCGGGUGUUCUGGGCCAGAUGUGGCAGUUGCAAGUGGAGGCAUCAGCACUGGAGCUGCAACGGUCGCGGACCCGCAGGGGAAGGGCAGGAGCCAAAUCAGAGGAGCUUCUAGUAGUGGAGGCCGAGAACCAGCGCCUGGAGGCAGAAAUCCUGGCCUUGCAGAUGCAGAGGGGCCCGGGCCGGGCGCCCUGGGGGCCGGGGGAGUCGCGACCCCUGGCGGGUCCCAGCCUACAACUGAAGGGGAGGAGAGAUCCCCCACUCCUCCCACCGCCAGUGGCGCCCCCGCUGCCACCACUUCCAGGCUCCACAGACCCACAGCUUCCUGGAACAAUGACCAGGAACCUGGGCCUGAACCCACAUUUCCUCCUGCCCACAUCUGACGUGCGGGGCCCUGCACCCUACGACCCUGGGGCUGGCCUGGUCAUUUUCUAUGACUUCCUGCGGGGCCUUGAGUCUUCUUGGACUUGGGUGCAGCUAAUGACUGGCUUGGCACGAGACGGCCAGGAUACAGGAGGGACCACAGCAUUGCCCCCAGCCCUUUGCUUGCCCCCACCUCCAGCUCCUGGGCCCAUGGGCAACUGUGCCAUCCUUGCCAGCAGGCAGCCUGUGCCCAGACUGCUACCCUCACCACCAGUAUCCUUGGUCUGCGAGCUACAGGCCUGGCAGGGACUGGCAUGGGCUAGGGCACCACAGCCAAAGGCUUGGGCUUCACUUGUGUUAUUUGACCGAGAUCAGCGGGUGCUAAGUGGCCGCUGGCGCCUCCCGCUUCGGACCCGUCCUCUGGACCCUAGCCUUAGCCUUCGACAGAUGAAUGGGAUUCCCCAGGCAGGUCAGGCUGAGCUUUUCCUGCGGCUGGUGAAUGCAAGAGAUGCAGUUGUCCAGACACUGGCAGAGAUCAAUCCAGCAAGUGCCCAUGAGUACCACUACCCACCUCUGGUGUCCAGCUCAUCUUCACUGGGUGCCAACUCCCUCACCCCCACAGCUGGCUUUGCUGAUCCCCCACCUCCAGCAGAAGUCUCUCGGUGGAGUCAAGGAUAGAGACAAGGCUUUGGGACCUCACCUCAGCUUUAACCCGCCCCCAAUGAGUUUCUGAACCCAGGUGAAUGUGGGUAUGAGCAUGCACAGGACUAGAGCCUGGCAUGGAGACCUAUUCCCAGACCUGCAGCUUUACUACCGUGUUCUGACACAGCAUGGAAGCAAAAAGCAGCUAUGGGUGCAAAACAGA